UUCCAGACACCAGUAUGAAGUGACAGUCUGUGCGUUGUUCUCCUCUGCUCUGGAUGGUACUGGGAUAUAUUUUGAAAGGGGGGGUCGGGCAGCAGCGACCCACCAGCACCACCGCCACUGAGCCUGACAUGAAUGACAAGUAAAAGAGCUCUUUCAAGCGAGCAAACAGCACAGGAAUGUGCAUAAGUCUGCUGGGCUGCACUCAGCCUUGUCAAAGCGACAUUUUGGACCUUUUGGACCUACCUCGUUUUGUUUGUAAACAGCCAAACCCAGCUGAGGAGAAUCUAGAGAGCCCUUUUAUUUUCUGUUUUUAAUUUCCGAUUUAAUUCUUCAUUUUUAAAAAAGACAUUUUUGAGUGGGCAGUGUUUUUGUUGGGGGUGUUUUUCUUUUGUCAAGCGUGACCAAGACAAACUUCUACCAUGGCACUGGUUAUGGAGCCUGUGAGCAAGUGGAGCUCCAGUCAAGUGGUUGACUGGAUGAAAGGCCUGGAUGACUGCCUGCAGCAGUACAUCAAGACCUUCGAGAGGGAGAAAGUAGGGGGGGACCAGCUGCUGCGUAUCACCCACCAGGAGCUGGAGGAUUUGGGAGUGUCCAGAAUCGGCCACCAGGAGCUCAUACUGGAGGCUGUGGACUUACUUUGUGCUUUGAAUUACGGGCUGGAGACUGAGAAUCUGAAGACUCUUUCUCAUAAGCUCAAUGCAUCUGCUAAGAACCUGCAGAACUUCAUCACAGGCAGGAGGCGCAGCGGCCAUUACGAUGGCCGAGCUACCCGCAAGCUGCCCAAUGACUUUCUUACCUCCGUGGUGGACCUGAUCGCUGCAGCCAAAAGCCUUCUGGCGUGGCUGGACAGGUGCUCCUUCUUUUUCAGGUCUCCAUUUGCUGCGGUGGCAGAUUACUCCGUGACCAGAAACAACGUGAUCCAGCUGUGUCUUGAGCUCACUACAAUUGUACAACAGGACUGCUCUGUGUACGAAACGGAAAACAAAAUCCUUCAUGUGUGUAAAACUCUGUCUGAAGUGUGCGACCACAUCAUCUCCCUGUCCUCAGAUCCCAUGGUAUCUCAGGCUGCACAUUUGGAGGUUGUGCAGCUGGCCAACAUAAAAUCUACUGAAGGACUGGGCAUGUAUAUCAAAUCAACAUAUGAUGGUCUGCAUGUAAUCACCGGGACAACAGAGGGGUCCCUGGCUGAUCGCUGUAAGAAAAUCCAUGCUGGAGAUGAAGUCAUUCAGGUCAAUCAUCAGACAGUGGUGGGCUGGCAGCUAAAGAACUUGGUGAACUUGCUGCGUGGGGACCCUGCAGGUGUCACCCUGACGCUGAAGAAACGCCCACAGAGCACGCUUACAUCAACCCCUGCUUUGCUCAAGAACAUGAGAUGGAAACCUUUGGCUCUGCAACCAAUCUUCCCUCAGAGCCCCAGCAGCAGUGUCGCCACGCCCACCAGCACUUUAAGCACUCCAUCCAGGAGGAGUAGCUGUGCCCUGCAGGACCUCUACAUCCCACCUCCUCCAGCAGAGCCCUACACCCCCAGAGAUGACAAAGGAAAUCUGUCGGGUGACGAUCCUCAAUCAGAUGGCCAUGUCGCAGAGGGAUCUGAGUCACCAAACUCCUACCUGGACCAGGAGUGUCGGCGGCGAUUUCCUCUGGUGGAGGAAGAUUCUAUACUGUACUGUUACGAGUACGACCAGAAUCAAGAGGUGUCAUCAGUCCGCAGGGGGAGCACUCCCACCUAUGGCAGGCUGAGGCCCAUCUCAAUGCCGGUGGAAUACAACUGGGUGGGAGACAACGAAGACCUGGCCAAGCUGAAGAGGGAGAGCAGGAGAGAGAAUUCCCUGAUGCGUUUUGCAAGUGAAGAUAAAACCCCUGGGGAGGACUUCCUGCUGGGGCGCAGCCUGAGUCAGAACAGGAGGAAGACCGAGCGAGGAGGCAGCCCCACCCAUUACACGCUCGUCCCUGCGCUCCAGAUGGAAGUCUCCCUGUCCACAUCCAGCUCCGACUCUGCCUCCCUCUACCAUGUGUUUGAACGAUCCUCACUGCUGUCAAGGUCAAAGAAGAAGAGUAAAGCUGGAAGUCCCAUGUCUUCAAUCAGCAAGCGGCGGAUUUCCUGCCGAGACUUGGGUCAGGGGGACUGUGAGGGCUGGCUGUGGAAAAAGAAGGAUGCUAAAACCUAUUUUUCUCAGAAGUGGAAGAAGUACUGGUUCAUCCUGAAAGGCACGUGCCUGUACUGGUACAUGAACGAGGAGGAUGAGAAGGCCGAGGGCUUUGUCAGCCUCCCAGAGUUCAAGAUUGAUCGUGCCACUGAAUGCAGAAGGAAGUACGCUUUCAAGGCUUGCCAUCCGAAGAUAAAGACCUUCUACUUUGCAGCGGAAAAUGUAGACGACAUGUCCCGGUGGCUGAGUCGUCUGAGUAUGGCAGUGGCAGGCUACUCCGAGCAGGAGAAAAUUCGUCAGGACCAAGAUUACUGGAGUGAGAGUGAUCACGAGGACAUGGAGAUGACCUCGAUGUCCAAACAGGACAGUCCGCCACCACCUUAUGACACCUAUCCCAGAGCAUCCUCAGUGAGUCCCUACCUGGAACCGAAGCGUGGCCACCUCUCCUCCUCUGACACCUUCCAGUCCCGCUCCUCUCAUGACGACUUCCACUCAGAGCCUCAGGACGGCAGCAGCAGCAACAACGGCGUCUCCCCUGGGCAGAAGACGAGCGGCCACCGGAACUCGUGGCAGGACCAGAUGGAGAGCAAUGCGAGGAUGCACUACCUCCAGACGUUUCCAGUGGAGGAGAACAUGCUGUCUGAGGACAGAGACCAACUGGCGAUGGAGUACCGCAGACAGUCCACCCUGCCCGCACAGCGCAGCCUGCUGCAAGAACAAUACAGGGCCCUGCCUCUGCCCCUCAGGUCCAGCAUCGAUUCAGACGCGGGAGGGAAACCCCGCAGCUUCACGCUACCCAGGGACAGCGGGCUUCAUGCUAUCCUGGCUGCUACCGCUGCUGCAUCGGAUCAGAGGGAGCCCCAUCAAUACCAGCUGGACCGGCCCAGAGGCAGUGGCCAUGGACGAGACUGCAGGAUGCAGGCAGACUCUCUGGGAGAUUUGUACCGGGCUCUGGAGCAGACCAGUCUGUCCACCUCAGCUGACCACAGAUCAGCCAGCCGCCUGGAGUACAAGCGCUCAUUUGUCCGACGAGUCAAUGACCCCCUGCUCAAUGACAAGCUUCAUCGCCUCCGGAUCCUCCACAGCUCACUUAAGAAUGUCCCUCUUCAAGACACAAACCAGUCACUGGAUUUUUUAGGGUAGACUGUGAGGAUCAGUGAUUUAACCUCAAACGUAUUGCCUCUGCCUGUGCCUCACACAGCUGCCAUCCCUUUGCUGGAGAUUAAAGGCACCAAAAACCUCCCUUUACCUGCUAGGCUCUACAUCAUCCUUUCCUUCUACAGCAUCUUCAACCUCGCUCACCGUGCAGGAGCACAAAGACUUGGUGUCCCUCUCCACUUUAAAAGAUGAGGGCUGUUACGAAAAGCAAAAAAAAGAUGUCUGUCUUGAUUAAAUAACAGGGUUUAUGGCAAAUAAGCACUUUGCGUCUGUGUCAAAGACUUGUCGGAAAGCUUUGUAACUCAUUGCUUACAUGCAUGGCCGCCUCCCUUCGCUUCUGUUGAAUCGUUUUAAACAUUAUGCUGGAGUUGUGUACAGCCGCUCAAUAAGGUCUGACGGAGGAAUUAAAAGCUAUUUUGGAUGUACACAACAUUUUGUUAUGCAUGAUUAAAAGACAUGUUUGUACAGGGUGUUAAGCUUAUAUACAGUAUAUAAAUAUAUAUAUAUAUAUAUUUAAUAUUACAUGACUACAACAACAGUGACCACACAAUGUUUUGGGGUACUUAUACAAAUUGUAAAUCAAGUGCUGUGCCUCAGUGAUUGUGAAUGUACAUUGUACUUUUCCAAGGGAGAUGAGAGAAGAUAUAGAGAGCAAGCUAUUCCUCGACACAGGAGCACAAGAAUAUAACGCUGGGCAAUAAUGAACUAGUAUUGUAAUAUACAAAGGAAUGAUCAGAAUAGUUGUCUAUUUUUGUAUGCAUGCCGUCUACCUAAUUGUUUGUAAAACAGUUUUGUAUUUCUGAGUGCGUUUGGUCUGGAGAAUACUGGUGUCCACCCCUUCCUCCACCGCAUUGUGUUUUUGAGACUUAUUUUACAAUUUGCCCCUGAAAAUUGCAGAAGUUGAUUUUUUUAAGUGUUAAAGAAGAAUAACUGUAUUUAUUAAGUGUUUAAUGUACAAGCAUGCUUUGUAUAACUAAAACACAUUACCAUGCCAUUGGAAAUUGACUGACAUUGCACAAGUGUGCCACAUUGUAGCUACAUUACUUUUUUAUUGAAUAAAGUAUGGCAUGGGCACACACAAGUAAGACCCAUUGUUACAUGUUUUCUCUCAUAAUCACAUUUAGAUGACUAUUUUUAGACUCUACUCCUACCAGAGAUCCCAACAAAGGCUAACGCAGAGGAUGCUAAUAAUAUAUUAUACACACACGCUCAGUGUAUAUGAAGCCUCAGGCAUUCUUACUCACACAUUACAUUUUUGUAGGUUAUGGUAAAUGAUAUGAUCCACAAAGAAUAAACACAGGAAACAGUGUAAGUAAACACAAG